AAAAAUGUUUAGAAACUUUUACCAUUCAGUCAGACAGUGGAAGUCAGCGUAGAAAGUUAAAAUUGGACUGAGCGAUAGUUGUGAGUUUCGAGAUUUUGUUUUUCAAACGGCUGAGUUUACUACACACACACACACACCCACACACAUUGAAAUCGGAGACAAUAAAAAGACACUAUGGGUAAUAAAGUUGCCACAUUCACAGAACAACAAUUGGAUGACUACCAGGACUGCACAUUUUUUACGCGGAAGGAAAUUUUACGCGUUCACAAGCGUUUUCGCGAGCUGCGUCCGGAUUUGGUGCCACGCCAAAUGACGGAGGGCCAGGCGUCCAGUGUCAAGGUGCCGUGCGAGUGCAUUGAGAAGAUGCCCGAACUGCGCGAGAACCCCUUCCGGCGGCGCAUCUGUGAGGCCUUCUCGCGCGAUGGCCAAGGCAAUUUAUCCUUCGAAGAUUUCCUGGACGCAUUGUCCGUGUUCAGCGAGCAGGCGCCGAGGGACAUUAAAGUUUUUUAUGCCUUCAAAAUUUACGAUUUUGAUCAGGAUGGCUUCAUUGGUCACGGCGACCUCAUGUCUUGCCUCACCACCAUGACGAGGAACGAGCUGAGUCCAGAGGAGCAUCAACAGAUUGCCGAUAAGGUAAUGGAGGAGGCGGACGUGGACGGUGAUGGGAAAUUGUCAUUUCUAGAAUUCGAGCAUGUCAUACUGCGUGCCCCGGACUUUCUCUCCACCUUUCGCAUACGCAUCUAAUGUACCAUGAUAUACUAAUAUGCAGAUAUGACUCUGAGACGUUUUUUUUUUAAUACAA